GCUUAUUGAUUGAGUAUAGAUUCCCAGUGCUGUCAGUCUCACCCAUCCUUCUAUCCACAUGUGUGGAAUGUUCUAGGACUCCAUGACUUUUGAGGAUGUGGCUGUGAACUUUACCCAGGAGGAAUGGGUUUUGCUAGAUUCUUCUCAGAAGAAUCUCUACAGAGAAGUGAUGCAGGAAACCUGCAGGAACCUGGCUUCUGUAGAAAUCAUGUGGUACAGAGACUGUGUGAAAGCAAAGAAGGUAGUCAGUAUGGACAAGUUGUCAGCCAAAUUCCAAAUCUUGAUCUGAAUGAGAACAUUUCUACUGGAUUAAAAAAAUGUGAAUGUAGUGUUUGUGGAAAAGUCUUUGUACAUCAUUCCCUCCUUAUCAGGCACAUCCUAGCUCACUCAGGAUACAAACCAUAUGGAAAGAAGCAAUACAAAUGUGAACAGUGUGGGAAAUUCUUCGUUUCUGUUCCAGGUGUUAGAAGACACAGGAUAAUGCACAGUGGAAAUCCAGUUAUAAAAGUACGAUAUGUGGGAAAGCAUUUUAUUUUCUCAAUUCAUUUGAAAGAUAUCAGAGAACUCACACAGGAGAGAAACCCUAUAAAUGUAAACAAUGUGGUAAAGCGUUCACUGUUUCCGGUUCCUGUCUAA